CGUAAAUUCCAAAGGACUCUGGAAUAGUAAAAUUUCUAAAUCAUUGGUAAGAUCAUUCGAAAUAGAUUUUAGAAAAAAAAUCAGUGGGUGAAUCAUACUUUUGUUUUAUGCUGCAGAUAAAAAGAUUUAAUAAUUUAAGUUGUACCUAUAAGCUAUAAGUAAUUAUAAUUCUGGAUUAAUACUUUUAAGUGAAAGGGUCUGGUCAUUUUGUCAUUUAAAAGUUUUCUUUUGAAACGACAACGAUAUCAUAUCAUAUCCAUCCUUGGUGUUGUUGUAACGGAGGAGAACUGCAAUUUUAAGAUUCAAUGACGACCAACGAUGGUGAUCGUGUUCUGAAUCUUAACAUCAAGAUUGAUGGAGAACCUACUUUGAUUCCUCCAGCAAAGGAAACACCUGGUGGUUUAUAUUUCCUGUCUAACUUCGAUGCUGGAUCAAUCAUGGUUAAAACUAUUCAGUGCUUUAAUUACAAAGCAAUUGACGGCGAAUUAGAUGCUGCUCAAGCUAUCAAAGAUGGUUUAGCGAAAGUUCUUGUCCAUUACUAUCCUCUUGCCGGACGUCUAACAAGGGAAAAACACUUUAUGAUCAAUUGCACAGGCGAAGGUGCUCUAUUUGUUGAGGCUGAGGCCGACUGUACGUUGGAAGAUAUCCAUAGCUACUUCACCAAACCCAAUUCUGCUACUCUCGAGAAGCUUGUUUAUGAUAUUGGUCAUGGCACACAAAAUCCUCCUCUACUUGUGGCUCAGGUAACCAAAUUCAAGUGCGGAGGAUUUGUUUUUGGACUGUGCAUGGAUCACAUAGUCUUUGACGGAAUUGGUGCGAUGGAGUUUGUGAAUUCAUGGGGUGAAGUCACCAGAGGGUUGCCACUGUCGAAUCCACCAUAUCUAGAUCGAACCUUGCUCAAAGCAAGAGACCCACCUACCGUUGAAUUCGUCCAUGGACUUGAACCAAUCGUAGACAUGUCGAACAGCACCUUGGCUGUUUUGGAAGAAGAAAUUCUUAUCAACAAGUCGUUUGUUUUGCCGCCGGGGAAACUAGAACAACUGAAGAAAAAAGCCUUGGAAGAUGGGGUUCUGAAAAGGUGUACUACUUUUGAAGCACUCACCGCUUUCAUGUGGAGAGCUCGAACUCAAUCGUUAAAACUUCAUCAUGAUCAACAAGUAAGGGUACUCUUUACGGUUGAUGGGCGGUCUAGAUUAGAACCGCCGUUGCCAAAAGGAUACUUCGGAAAUGCAGCUGUGUUUGUGAGUUGCCAGUUUAGCGCGAGGGAGUUGACAGACAACCCAUUGUCAUCAACAGUAGAGCGAAUUCAAGAAGCCAUAAAAUCUGUGACAAACGAUUACAUUAGAUCAACCUUGGAUUUUUUCGAGGAAAAAAUGGAAUGGAAGCCUUUAACGUAUACCAUUUUCUUGAAUGCUUGGUCUAGGCUAGGAUUUCAUAAUGUGGAUUUCGGUUGGGGAGAACCUAUUUACUCAGGCCCUUUAAGUGUCGCUAAAGAUAUGGUUUUGUUCUUGCCUCAUGGGAAAGCCAUAAAUGUAUGUCUUAGUUUGCCUGCUUCAACUAUGAAAAUCUUUCAAGAACUAAUCGACCAAGUCUAGCGGGAAGGGAUAUAUGUACCUAGAGUGUAAACUCUAUGGUCAUUGAACAUGAGAUUUUUAAUAAUCCUGGCCGGUAAGUGUCACUGAAAAGUGAAAAGUGAAAACCAUUUUUCUCUUUGGCGAGAUACCUUAAUUUUCUUAUGUGUACUUUUUAUUUGUUUACUUGGCUGCAUAAAAAAGAAAAAGAAAAAGAAAGUGUAUCCAUCAAUGUAUUUUUAUUUUGUGUGAAGUUUGAUUUUGGAUGAAUUUGAGAGACGUACCUUUGAAAGUAGCUGGUUUGUAACUUUGUAUAUGCCGUCGGAUCAAAAUCCAAAAUCAUAUUCGUGAUGAA